CCCCGUCGCGAAGCGGGCCGGAGGACUGGGAGCGUGGCUCUGCUGGGCUUAAUACCCCAGCGGAGGGCCAAAAAACACUGCCCUUAUCUGCGUGCUUCUUUGCAUUUCGUUUGCAUAUCAAGAUGUUUGGUCGACGCUGACAAGCGCCCCCGCCCCGACGCAGACCCGGGCUUGGGUACCCUCUGUCGGUCCCCUGCUCUACAAACGCCUCUCCGUUAGUUCCCCUUCCAGACCCUCGUCUUGCUCCGCAAGUUUUUCUACCCGUGAACCCCUCGCCGGCGCCCCAGAUCAGUAAGAGCCCCUUCCUGGGGUCCCCGAUCCGGACCACCAAGUUCUCCAGGAGACAAUACUCUAAUUCUCUGGGAAGUGGAAGAAACCAAGCCGAAGUAGGGGGGCGCUGGGACACCAGUAAGGGAUUUGAAAGCUUCGAGUUGCUGAGUCAGCGCAUAGGUUUCCCAGCCCCCUCGAGACAUUCAUGGAUGGAUAAGAGGAGCUGACACUGAUCUUCCCCUCUGUGACAACCUUCUCUUCGGCCAUGGAGGAAGCCUUGCUGCCCCUGGCCAUGACCUCUGACCCCAGGCCCUUUAAUCAACAACUCCCAGAGCCUCCAGACCUGAGAUGUGUCUUGCAACCCCAGGACAGUCCUGACCUGGCACCCGCCCUGGUGUGUGCCCUUUGCUGCUGCUUUGGAAUCAUCUACUGCUGCUUCGGCUACCGCUGCUUCAAGGCAGUGAUGUUUCUCUCAGGCCUGCUGUCAGGAGCCCUGGUGAUCUUCCUGCUAUGCCAUAAGGAGCGAGUGCUAGAGACACAGCUGAGCCUGGAGGUGAGCGCGGGCAUUGCGCUCGGCAUCGGACUGCUCUGCGGCCUGGUCACCAUGCUGGUUCGCAGUGUCGGGCUCUUCCUGACUGGUCUUCUACUAGGCCUAACCCUGGGCGCCGGGGUCCUGCUGGGCACCGAGCCCAUCUACCAACCACCUUCAGCCUGGGUGCCAGCUGGGGGGCUGGUGGGGCUGGCACUGCUGGGAGCCCUGUUCACACUUCGGUGGCCACGUCCAUUCACAGUUUUGGGCACAGCCCUGCUGGGUGCUGCAGUGCUGGUGGCCUGUGCUGACUACUUCCUGGAGGGGCUGGCGCUGGGCAGUCGGCUGGGCCAACGCUUGCAGGCACUUCCAGCCUUGCCUCCUCUCUGCUGGUAUAGCUGGGUCUUGCUGGGGACCUGGCCAGCCCUGGGGGCCCUUGGGGCCCUGGCCCAGUGGAAGCUCAUGGAUGAGGAACAUGGAGGCCACGCCAAUGUGGUCUUGAGCCACCAGCGAAGGCAUCUCCAGCUCCUCCGGAUCCGUCAUCAGGAGGCCAAGUGGCACCGGACCUCCCCUGGGGCAGGGCUGUGUGAGGGCAGCUACCGGCGCCAGCUCCCUGCCAGCACACGGAACCCUGCCGACAGUCUGGCUCCAAGUUAUUUCCAGAGCCUUCGAGAGCGCCAGCUAGGACCAGGCUGCCAGGCCACCGCUCCCCACACUGUCCUGGACCUGGAUUCUGACUGUAGUUCCACUGUCCCCCUCACUGCACCUUCUGGCUCCACCCACCCGGACCUGAGCCUAAACCUCCACUGAUGCCCUCUCCCUGGGAACACUAGGUGGCCAGGGCCUGGGCCCGCAGAAUCCACACACAGACUUCCCCACCUCUUGAACUUGGGCAUGAAAUCUGUGCUCAACCCAGACCAGCCCUGUAGGGAUAUGUUUCAGGGACAGAUAGAGAGGACUCUUGUGGGGAAAGGAGAGGAAUGGAAGUAUGAGUACCUACCUCUGUCCAGUAACAGAGGUGCCCUGGUCCCUAAAGUAACUGACUCCCUAAUUCCCUUCAAACAAAACCAAGGAGGGCCAUUACCCAAACAGCCUUCUGUAUACCCGCCUCAGAGUGCCUCUCAAUGAUCAAAUAAGGAGUAUUGUUUUCAUAGGACCUACCUAUAGAAAAUCAGGAAGGCUCCUAAAGCAUUUGAUAGCUUUUCCAUGGGGAGAAGGGCACCAGUGGAGCUCUGGGAUCCCUGAUUCCCAGGCCCCUCAUCAGGGAGCAAUUGAGUUCCUGGUUAGCCUUUCUCUCUGGACCCCCAGACACAAGCCCCCUUCUCCUACCUCAGUUGGGGGUAGCUAUCCUCCAUGGUGCUUCCCUUUCCCUUCUCAAUGUGGGGAAGACCACAGGGCACUGCCUGGCUCAGCACCCGCUGUCCCUCAUAGCUGGGUUCUUGCUUCAAGCAGAGAGCAUUGGCCCACAUGCCAGAAUCUUGCCCUUUUGCCCAGAGGAGCCUGGUCUUCAGGGGUGUGUGGGAGACAAGUGCCUUUUCUGUCUCUCAUUAUAGGGGACACUAAUCUUUUUAACCAGAAUAUCGUCCCAGCCACUAACCCGUUCUAACUCUCCGCUCCCCUGAUUCACCUGUCCAAAGUCUGUUCCCUGGUUCAUCAGCAUGAAGGAAGAUACGACCCUCCCCUGGGCAGCAAGGUUAUGAUGGGAGGGAAGAAGAACAUGGGAACAUGUGAAUAAAAUGACAUUGA